AGGUAAAAUUCGGCGUAAUAUGUAAAUAAAUAUUUUUAUUUAAUUGUAAUCCUAAUUGACGACAAUUAAAUUGUCGUGUAUGUGUUUAAACCAGGAGUCUGGGGAAUUUCAAAAAUAAUGUGCGCAAUAAAGCAGCUCCUGAGGGGUGCAUUGCGGAGGGGUACAUAGCGACCGAGCUGGUAACGUUCUGUUCAAGGUAUCUGAAUAACGCACCAACAUUCCACAACAGACCUCAGAGGAAUCCUGAUGGAUCCAAGGGAGCGGGCACGCGUGUUACCAUGAACCGGUUGAUAAUGCACCAGAUUCAUCGUUAUAUUGUGUUCAACUCUGAAGAGUUUCACAAUUUGCGGACGAUGCACAAAGACGCGCUUAGGCGAUCAUGCACUAGGGGUCGCAUUACGGAGGCUCUUAUUGAAGCACAACAUCAUGAGCAGUUCUGCGAAUGGUACCGUGCAUAUGUCGAUGGCCUGGACGAUCAACGUAGGGAGGAAUUGGGCCACAAGUUGGUUAUGCGUUGUAGAGGGCUAAAGGAGACAGCGGUGAAGUACAACAGGUACGUGGUAAAUGGAAAAUUAUUUCGCACGCUUGCUCAUGAUGUGGGAAGGAGGACUCAGAAUAGCGGCGUCUGUGUUCCUACCGUUGAAGGCGAAACGUACUACGGACAGUUAACCGAUAUAUUUGAGGUCGAGUACUAUGACAGGACUACGUACGUCUUAUUUAAGUGCAAUUGGGCAGACCCCACAAUGGACAGAGGAUUCACAAUAGACGAGUAUGGCCUAGUGUUUGUCAACUUCAAUCACCUCGUCCACAGGGGAGAACAGAUUCAGGACGAGCCGUACGUGCUUACAUCUCAGGUGGAUCAAGUAUUCUACGUAGAAGAUGGAAGGAACCCAAAUUGGGUUUGUGCGGUUAGGACCAAACCGCGCAACGUGUACGACGUUGGACAGGGGGAUGGGAGUAAUGAGGAUGGUACAACCUACCAUGAGUGCGUACCGCUCGUACUAGCCACUGCUGACCUACCAGAUACGAAUGACGAAUUCGAGUACGACAGGCCCGACGUAGAUCCUAUUGAAGCUCCCGUGAUACAAUGAUUGAUGUAUUUGUUGUAUUGAUGGACCAGAGACCCCCUCAUUAUGCGUAUCGGGCACCUAGCCCACCCGUGCCCCCCAUGACCACGCCCACUGUUUCGACGGCAUUGUAUUCUGCAGCGUGGCCACACCACCCAGACGGGCCUUAUAGACCAU